AUGGCGCCCACCGACAUGUAUCGGAUCGAAGCGCGUAUCGCCUCUUUCGCAGCCGUGACCCGUCCCAAGCGUCUCGCCAAAGUCGCCUUCCCCCUCGACCCAUCAACCCACCCAGCCCUAACGCCCGCAUCGCUGGCCGCAGCAGGAUUCUAUCACACCCCCUCAUCGGGGGAGGAGGACACGUGUUCCUGUUUUCUCUGUCCCCCACACGAUCUCGCCUCGGCAGGGUUUAUCUGUGCGCCAUCCAAGACUUCUCCUGAUGGCACGACAUGUCCGCUAUGCAACUAUGAGGUGGUGGAGUGGGAGGAGGACGAUGAUCCAAUGACGAUCCAUAAACGCAAAGAGCCAGAGUGCCCGUUCUUCACUGCCACUGUCAAGAAGGGCCGACGUACCAAGGCGGUUCCGAAGCGGGCGACACGCGCGCAGACCAUCGACGAGUCUGUACAGGAGAUCGCGCCGCCCGCAGAGGAGGCGACAGCAGCGGCGGCACCGAAACGGCGUGGUCGACCGCCAAAGGCCUCUGCCUCCAACACCACCAUUCCGACAGACGUAUCGGUCCAGGCGAUCCCACCGCCUGAGGAGCCCGCGGCACCGAAGCGACGAGGCAGGCCGCCAAAGGCGUCCUCCGCCUCGUCUGCGAACACAUCUACAGCAUCAGCCAAACCACGGGCGAAGAGGAAGACGGCGGCUGAGAAGCGCGCCGAGGCAGCAGCGGCAAUUCAGUUAACUGAAUCUGCAGAGGCGGCAGAUGCCUCAGUGGACAGCCUCGAGCUCCCCGAGGUCCCCGAAGACUCGACCGUCCUCGUCGAACCCCCACCUGCGGACGAGAGCGCGUCCUCGACGGAGGAGCGGGAGACCAAGCCACUCCCCCGUAAGGGCAGGGCUCAGAAGCCGACACAAAAUGACACAGAAGCGGGUGUCGAUGUGCCGAGCCGCGCGACACGGUCCGCGCCAGCACCGAAGGAGGCGCUGGCCCCGUCCACUGCCGAUAACGUGGAACCGCUCCCAGCGGCCCCACCAGCCAAGCUGUCAAAGGCCCUGCCGGCCCUCCCCGCCUCGCCCAGCGUCCCGCUUGCAACACAAAGCGCGGCAUUUGCCGUCGCUGAUAUGGUCAGGGCGGCAGGUGGGUCCGGCUCCACCACGAUUGGCGCACAAGACCGGGCGAUGACACUCGAGGACUUUGUGCGCAAGCAGUUCCAAGUGCAACACGACCAACUGCGCGACCAGGGAGAGGCGAUGAUUACGGCGUGGGAGGUGCGGGCGGGAGAGGGGCGUGAGCGCCUCGAGCGCGCGUUCGCUUAA